GUUCAGAGGCAAAGUGCCCGAAUAAAUGUGAAUCACUUCAGCAGCUGAGAGCCACAGCUUAAAUUCAGUCAGUCCAUGGAGUAAGAAGAAGAACAUCAAGUCAACUUUGUGGAGAACGUUUAUGAUUGUGGUCAUUCAUCAAAAGAGUGAUGAUGACAACAACUAAUACAAACAAUGCCCCGACAAUCUUUGUGACGGUGGGAAGUACAAAAUUCACAGCUUUGGUGGCUGCGAUGCUAUCGUGUAAAGUAGUUGAUGCGAUCGCUGAUGCAUGCAAACACACAACAUCUUCACCUCGAUUGAUCAUACAGUAUGGAGCCACACCAUUAUCGGAUAUCUUGUUGGAAUCAGGAUCAGUAUUGCAUAGAACGAGCAAAGGCAAAGGAAAGAAAUUUGACGACCCACUGGGUGCAUCGGGUACAUUACCAAUUCCAAUGUCAGCGUUCCUACCAAAGAACGAUCAGAACGCAACCCCUGAUCUAGUCAUGCAAGACAAUCUUCUCGCCAAAUCAUUCCGUCUUGGUCAAACGAGUAAGCUGGAUCACCCUGACGAAGACGAAGAAGAUGAUCAAUUACGCACAAAGAGGAAGCAUUUCACCUUUACAGUGCAAGCCGGAACGAGCGAUGGAGAAUCAGAGGUACAUAUCGAGCUUAGAGAUUAUGUGCCAGAUUUAAGGCCAUUUCUACUUUCUUCUGAUGUUGUAAUCAGCCAUGCUGGUUCUGGAACAAUAUUGGAAGCCUUACGAUUACCCGCUGAACAAAAGUCUAAAUUGGUCGUUGUGCCAAAUGAAACAUUGAUGGAUAAUCAUCAAGCAGAAUUAGCACAAGCAUUAGCCCAACAAAAUUACCUUGUGGCCACUCGUGUACGAGGUAAGAUGGGCGAGGAAAACCGUUUGCCAAGCUUACUGCAAGCUCUGCUAUCACCGAAUGCAUCCAAUGCACCUCGAACAACCCCUUUUCCACCUUUCAUACCUGGCCGAUUCCAAACAUUGAUCGAUGCAGAGAUGGGAUUCCUGUAAACCUUACAAAACCGCAACCGUCCCCUGUAUUAUCUAGUCCCCUUCGCAAUGUACAAUAUACGUUCAACCAAUAUCGAAUUACGACAAU